AUGGCACAACGGCUUCUGGACUACUUCAUUGCAGCCGGCGGCGACCUGGAGCAGUGCCUGCAUGAGACCUGCAAGUGGUCACAGUAUGACACCAGCGGCUGCACAGCUCUGCACGUGAGCGCUAUCAGCCGCUCCCAGUUUGCACGGCGCCUUGUAGCGGCAGGGGCAGACGUCAAUGCUGAGGACCCCGAGGGUCGCACACCGCUGACCCUGGCCACAAUGCACGGCAAUUCCUCCCUGGCCAAGCUGCUGCUGGACGACCCUCGCGUUCACGUGCCCGCUGACCUGCUGCGGACGGCGAUCAUUGAUGCAUUUGAAAUACGAUAUCAUGCUGCCACGCGUCGCUGGGAGCUGCUGGAGCUGCUGCUGAGCCACCCCCGCGUUGACCCGCUAGCGCUGGAUGAACGAGGCCAAACUUUCCUCUUUUACACCGCUUGCUCGAGCGGGGUAUACCACGUUAUUUAUCGUCUGCUGCACCGGGCUCAAGAGCUGGGUGUGCAAGUGAACCAUCAGGAUGUUGCCGGCAAUACAAUUCUGCAUGAAUUAAUAUGCACUGGUGGAUAUCCAUAUUCUGUCUCGGCUGUCAUGGAGUUCUUGGUGGAGGCUGGCGCCGAUGCCAGCAUCCGCAACGUGGCGGGCCAGCUGCCAAGCGAGAUGCCGGUACCGGAGAGCAGGCGGGAUUCACACAUUGUGCGGGACCUCCUGGAAGCAUUGAGGCAGGAGGAGCAGCUUGCGCUGCUGCCUCGGACGACAGCAUCUCUUUCUCCCGGCCUGAGGCGCUCUACCAGACGAUGCGUCCGGCUGGCAGGUGUGGGUACUGCGGUACCCUGCAGAGCCAGCGUCUUGCAGCCAGGUCAGGCUCAGCAACGUCACGCACAGCAGGGGCUGGACGUGGUUGUGAUCAGCAGCAGCGAUGAGGACAACGAGGGGGACGCUCAGCUUCUCCGAGCGGAGAAGGGUGCACGAACCAGCUCAGGAUGCACUCGAGCCGGUGCCGCACGACAGCGCCAGCAGCCACAGAGCCAACAGAAACAGAGCCAGCAGCCGCAGCGCCACCAGCUGCAUCGCCCUCAGCAGGCUGCAAGACAGCAACAUCAACAAUGUGAGCGGGGACCCCAGAAGCCCUCAGAAGAGCAGUUUUCUACUCUUGGGCAGCAAGCAGUAGUUGAAACACAAGACAGGCAGCAGCAGCUGCAGGGGCAGCAGCAACAACUGGCGUUGCAACCGCAGCAGGCGCCGCAGCUGCAACAGGCACAGGAGGGGCAGCUGGCGCCAGCACAACAAGUGCAGGAGCAGCAGCAGCGGCAGCUCGAGACGCUGCAGAGCCGGCAGCAGCAGCAACAGCAGGAGAUGCGGCAGCGCCGUCAAGAGCAGCAGCAGAUGCAGCAACAACAGGUGCAGCAGUUGCCAUCACAACCGUCGAGCCGGCAUACAGCUGAGCGGCAGCUGCAGCUGACUGAGGCCCAGCAGCGGGGUGAGCAGCCACCACCGCCGUCACUGCCGCUGGCGGAGCGCCAGCGCCAGCAGGUGCAGCAGAUGGAUGCCCUCCUCGCGCGUUGCGUGGCUGGCGGCCUGCUGGCUGCAACUGAGAGGGACGAAUUCGCGUUUGUCUUCUGCCGCCUCAUGGGCGCGGCCGACAGGCAGCGGGAGCUGAGGGCCUUUCGGGCCUUUGAGGCCAGGGACAGCCUGCUGUAUGUUGCCGUGGGUGUGCGGGCGGUGGUGCAGCAAGAGCUGGAGGCGGCGCACCACCGCCAGGAGCAGGGCCAGCCGUAG